UGAGCUUGUCAGCCUCCGCAGUUUCUAGGUAGGCCUUCGUCUUCUGUCUGCCGGGUUGAGAGCCGUGGGAGUGGGCCUCAGGCCGGGUCCGCUGUUGCCUCUUAGGUGAUGUGCCCUGAAUAACGCUCUCACGGCUUCUUUCCCGGCAGGCGUUGCAGCAUCCUCCGGCUCCAGGGCUCUAGGGCUCUGGGCUGCCCAUUUCCCGCGCCGUGUUUUGGCGGCGCUCACGUUGGCCUCCGUCCCACUUCGCGUUCGUUCACCUGUGCCCUUGACAUCUGUACCUAGCUUGGAACACAAGCAGAGGAAAGAUUAGAGAAUGGGCACUGUCCAACUCAAGGAGGCGGCGCAGCCUGUCAGGAAGGACAUUGUUUUCUCCAGAAACGCUCCAUGAGAGGAACUUGAGGGCCCUUCACAGCGUCCUCAACAGGCCUUACAGGAAGGCCAGAAGAAGCAAGCCUUUUCUCAUACAGACCAGUGAUAGCGGUUCAACAAAGCAAGGAUAUAAUUUCUAUGUGGAAUUAAUGUGGUCCAGACUAAUGAUGCGGGUGUGCUGGUUGGUGAGACAGGACAAUCGGCACCAGCGAAUCAAACUUCCACAUUUGGAAGCAGUCAUGGUUGGGCGCAGCCCCGAGACCAAGAUCACUGACAAGAAAUGUUCUCGACAGCAAGUACAGUUGAAAGCGGAGUGUAACAAAGGAUAUGUCAAGGUAAAGCAGGUAGGGGUCAAUCCCACCAGCAUUGACUCACUCAUAAUUGGGAAAGACCAAGAGGUGAAGCUGCAGCCUGGCCAGGUCCUCCACCUGGUGAAUGAACUUUAUCCAUAUAUCAUAGAGUUUGAGGAAGAGACAAAGAACCCUGGCUUGGAAACACACAGGAAGAGAAAGAGGUCAGGCAACAGUGAUUCUGUAGAAAGGGAUGCUGCCCAGGAAGCUGAGCCCAGUACAAGACUAGAACCUGGGAGCAACCCUAGCCAGUGCUAUGUGCCCCCAAAGAAGGAGAAAGAUGCAUCCACCAAAAAGGAAUCAUUGGGCCACUGGAGUCAAGGCUUGAAGAUUUCAAUGGAGGACCCCAAAAUGCAGGUUUACAAAGAUGAGCAGGUGGUGGUGAUUAAGGAUAAAUACCCCAAGGCUCGUCACCACUGGCUGGUCUUACCAUGGGCCUCCAUUUCCAGUCUGAAGGCUGUGACCGGAGAACACCUUGAGCUCCUCAGACACAUGCACACUGUGGGGGAAAAAGUGAUUGCAGACUUUGCUGGGUCUAGCAAACUCCGCUUCCGAUUGGGCUACCAUGCCAUUCCCAGCAUGAGCCAUGUACACCUUCAUGUGAUCAGCCAGGAUUUUGAUUCUCCUUGCCUUAAAAACAAAAAACACUGGAAUUCUUUCAAUACCGAAUACUUCCUCGAAUCACAAGCUGUGAUUGAGAUGGUACAAGAGGCUGGCAGAGUGACUGUCCAAGAUGGGAUGUGUGAGCUCUUGAAGCUGCCCCUCCGUUGUCAUGAGUGCCAGCAGCUGCUGCCUUCCAUUCCUCAGCUGAAAGCGCAUCUCAGGAAGCACUGGCCAAAGUGAUUCUGUGGAGCCUGAACUUCUGCAGCAGGUGUGGCUGAUUGUUUAGACCAAAUUCCUGACACCUGUUUUGGAUUGUGUGUGAACUUUUAUUUCUUGAAUUAAAACAUGCAAUUUUUUUUUU